AUGGAGAAACUACCAAACGAGGUACUGGUCAACAUCCUCUCUAGACUCUCUAUCAAGACUCUCUUCCAAUGCAUACGCGUAUGCAUCACCUGGCGCAACAUAAUCCUCCACGACCCUUAUUUUGCUAACAUGCACUUAAGUACCCGAUCAACCCAAGAUAAUCUCCCUUGCCUUGUCUUCAAAACUUGCUCCUCCCAGCUCUGUGAGCUCUGUGUGGUUGAUUUUAAUUCUGACAAUCAAGAUCACAUAUCAACGGGUCCGAUCAGCCUACGCGUUGAUCCUGGCUUCAAGUUUACCACCAUAUUAUCUUGCAAUGGCUUAUUAUGUUUAUGUGAGAAUGAGAACAGCAACCCUAUAUAUGUCUGCAAUCCAGUCACUGGAUAUCAUGUUGCACUGCCACGGCUAUCUGAACGCACAGAUUGUCAGUUCAUACCCGGAUUUGGUUUUGAUGCAGUGAAUAAUGAAUACAAGGUGAUACGAAUAAUGUAUGGAAAGAGAUAUAACCCAGCUUUCCAACAUGAGGCUGAGGUGUACACACUCGGCUCAGGUGCAUGGAGAAGUAUAGGAAGUGUCCCUUACCGAAUUACAGUACUUUGGUGGAGUUUCAUCCAGUACGUAAACGUUCAUGGAGCUCUUCAUUGGAUGACUGAACGUAUCUUCAACCCCACCUAUCCAGAACUCAUUGUUGCAUGGGAUGUGAGGGAUGAGAAGUUUCGUGGGGUCCCAGUCCCUUUGGAAUUUGGUCCAAAUAAGGUUUGCAAGCGGAUGUCUUUAAGGUCAUAUAACAAUUGUCUUUCCAUAGUUGAUUUUGAAGACAGUAGGGAUUUCCCCAAGGUUUGGAUAAUGAAAGAUUACAACAUAAAGGAGUCAUGGACUAAACAAGUCAAGAGGAAUAUGGCGGCCGAGUACUGGACUAAUGAAAUGAGGAAAAUGGGACCUUCGACUAAAGAAGUCAGCAUCUGGCAGUACCAGUGGUAUAGACGAGGGGAUGAACUGAAACGUAAUGCAAAUAAAGAUAUUCAUGUGAAGGCAGUUUAUGAUGGUGAGGAAAGACGUUUUACCCGAGUUCAGAUAACACGUAGGGUGGAAGUCGAAGUUCAUGGAUUUGUUCAUGUGUUUAGUACAAGUGAAUUAGUAACUAAUACACCUACUCAUGUGGGGAGUUUUAUUUCUAUCAAUGGUGCUAAUCAAUAA